AUGUACGGUGCGCACCUCUUAACGAUUCUGGCCAUCGGCUGCCUGGUGGCACUGCGUCCGGCGCAUAUUGCAGCCAGCAAUGAGCAGCUCGAGGACUUCAACAUCCCGAAGGAUAACCUAGAUGAUCGUUUCUCGCGCUCAUCACACGCUAUUCCGCUGCAGGCCUACGGACCGCCAAUUAACUACAACUUGCCAUCAACCUAUUCAGCGCCAAAGGCUCCCGCAUAUUCAGCACCAGCCGCUCCAAGCUAUUCAGCACCAGCCCCACCGAGUUACUCAAGCUAUUCAGCACCCGCUGCACCGAGCUACUCAGCGAAUGCUGCCCCGAGUUAUUCCGCGCCAGCUGCUCCGAGCUAUUCUGCACCCAAGGCUCCUGCAUAUUCAGCUCCUGCUGGUCCAAGCUAUUUCGCACCUGCUGCACCAAGCUAUUCAGCACCGGCCGCUCCAAGUUACUCAGCACCCGCUGCCCCGAGCUAUUCGGCACCCGUCGGACCAAGUUACUCAGCACCUGCUUCUCCAAGCUAUUCAGCACCGUCAGCUCCAAGUUACUCGGCACCCAAGGCUCCUACAUAUUCAGCUCCUGCUGGUCCAAGCUAUUCAGCACCAGCCCCUCCAAGUUACUCAGCACCUGCUUCUCCAAGCUAUUCAGCACCAGCCUCUCCAAGUUACUCAGCACCCGCUGCACCAAGUUAUUCAGCACCCAAAGCUCCUGUAUAUUCAGCUCCUGCUUCUCCAAGUUACUCAGCACCUGCUUCAAGCUAUUCAGCACCCGCUGGACCAAGCUACUCUGCACCUGCUUCUCCAAGCUAUUCAGCACCAGCUGCUUCAAGUUACUCAGCUCCAGCAGCUUCAAGUUUCUCAGCACCCGCUGCACCAAGCUAUUCAGCACCCAAAGCUCCUGUAUAUUCAGCUCCAGCCUCUCCAAGUUACUCAGCACCUGCUGCACCAAGCUAUUCAGCACCAGCCUCUCCAAGCUACUCAGCACCAGCUGCUUCAAGUUACUCAGCACCCGCUGCUCCAAGCUAUUCAGCACCCAAGGCUCCUGCAUAUUCAGCUCCUGCUGGUCCAAGCUAUUCAGCACCAGCCUCUCCAAGCUACUCAGCACCAGCUCCAAGCUAUUCAGCACCCGCUGCUUCAAGUUACUCAGCACCCGCUGCUCCGAGCUAUUCAGCACCUGCUCCGAGCUAUUCGGCACCUAAGGCUCCUGUAUAUGCAGCUCCUGCUGCUCAUGGUUAUUCAGCGCCUGCUGCAACAAGUUAUUCAGCGCCUAAGGCUCCUGUAUAUUCGGCUGUUAGCUAUUCAGCGCCCAAAGCACCUGUGUAUUCAGCGCAAGCUGCACCCAGCUAUGCAGCUCCACCGGCUGCCGCGUAUUCAGCACCUAAAAGCUCUGGCUAUUCCGCGCGGAUGUUUAGUCCCAUGUUGACAUCAACGCAUAGUACAGGAUAUGGACACGCAUCUGGUCACGCAGCUGGCUACGGCGGAUCUAAAAUUCCUGCACCUGCUUGUCCUACCAGCUACCUGUUCAGCUGCAACAGCGUAUUUAAGCCAGCUCCUUGCAAUCAAGGCGCAGCAUAUUAG